ACUAGGAUUUAUGAAGAAACUGAAAGAAAUUCGUAAACUGCUGACCUCUAAACCAUCAUACCCAACUUCAGAAUCAUCCAUUUCAAGAAAGUUGACUAUAGUUCUAGAAGAAUUUGAACCAAUUAUAUUUGAGAGACUGGUACGUUAUAUACACUGUGGCAUGGUAUCAGUCGACGUGUUUUCUGUUGUUGGAUUGUUGAAUGCUGCAGAAAAGUUCGAGUUGGAAUGUCUGAAGAAUGCAUGCUGGGAGUUUGCUGUUAGCUGCAUCCGUCCUGAACUUGUUCACGAUCUUAUUGCCUCAGCGAACGAGUACUCCAAUUGUAAAUUGACAAAUGAUCUUUUCAAAGAGAUUCAAGAAAUAUCACUGAAUCGACCUGAGUUGCUAUUCUGUACACCAAGAUCACGAUCAAACAGCUUCCGGGACGGUAAUGACUGCAGACCGAAAAGUAUAACCACAAACGGACUAUUAAUGAGAUCUGUCUUGUAAAUCUAAGACAAUGUAUUUUGUAAUUGUAUAUAAUUAUUUGAUAUUGUUAU